AUGGGCCCCCCUCAAGGUCUCCCCGACAGCUCGCAGGACCCCCCGAAACUGUCAAUGCGCACAGGGUCGAUAUUCAACGACGAACCCGAUCGUGAGCCCUUUCGGGACCAGACAAUUCGCCCAAGCGCCUUUACAAUCCCGUCGCGACCUUCGCCGCAUUCCAGGGAAUCUUCGGCUGACCAAACAGUCCAUGCACCGUCCAUCAUAACAUCGCCGCGAGCACAAGGUGCGCCAUCACGGCAAGGCCUCGUCGCCGCUGUCGAACGACCGAUAGAUCACAGCAAAACCGCCGCGUACGGACAUCAUCGGCAGACCUCCAUAGUCCAUGGCAUCCAACACUCGAGAAACGGCAGCGUGUCUAGCAUGUCCACCAGCCCCUUGAGCCCACAAUUGAUUGCUGCGGCCGGCCUUGCUGCCGACAGGUCAGACUUGCAAUCCAUGGGCGCCAGGUUAGAUAUGGAAUCAUCAGCCUUGCCCUCGCGGCCUGGCACGUCUCUGGCGGGACCGACUCUGGGCCCUGUAGGCUCUAUACCAAUGGAGAGGUCGGCUUCCGCUGCAGAUAUCCCCCUUCAGGGCAUGACACAGAGAAGGCUUGAAAGGAUGCACAGUAGAUCGAGGCGGGAACAUGCCGCACAUCAAUCCCAUUCUCGACCCCACAGGGACGACCAGAAAACUGUCGGAGAGUACGCUCUUCAUGUGCUGUUCACCUCGUUCAUUGCUCAAGCAGAAGAGAAACUCAGCGAAUGCAUCACUGUUCCCUUUGAACCUGAGCCCCAAAUUGACCGCGUUUGCGGGCCGGGCGUCGAUCCCGCGUUUGACCAAUUGAUUGUGGCCUUGGGACAUAUCGCAAGCCCCAAGCCCAAGGCCCUCAUUGAUUCAAUGAUGUUGUGGAGGAAAAGCAAAAGCGAUGCUGCCAACGAGGCUCGUAGUCAGCUUCAGCAGCUCCGCGGAAUUCAAUCAGGAGGCCCUUUGCUACGCAGAAAUACCGAACCGUUUCAGCCUGGUCUGGGAGCAGGGGUGAGCGAUUCUACGAACCCGAAUUCUGCGACGCUGUCUACAAAACAAGAGUUUGUAGCUCAGCAGGAGCGGCGUUCGACUGUGUCCAUCUACAUUUUGUGUCGAGUGCUCCUCGAAGUCAUUUGCCAGAGCAACCUGGCUUCUAUAACGCCGGAAAUGGAAGACAAGCUGGAGAGCAUCAUAUUCGGCCAGCUCAAGAUUGCCGACACCGAGCAGCUCCUGCUAUCGCCGCUGAAACUCGCCAACUGGAAUCUAUUCGCACAGUUGCUGGGGCACAUGAGCGGCAUCAACUUUGCGGGAGUUGCGCGUAGGUUUAUCGAAGAUCUCGAUGGUUCGCUGCAGGAGAGGUCAAUCAAAAGCCCGACCUCUUCAACGAGCCGAGACGCUGAAGGGAAAAUUGAGCUUGUUCUUGGCGGCAUGAAGCACUUGAGGAUCAAGGUCUCCCCGGAAUCUGCGUGGGAAAAGUCGUGCGAAUUCCUCGUUUCCCUGGGCCGCCUGUUCAGCAAGUCGCACGGCCAAAAGGUCAAAUCAGCGUUCUGUCAGGCCAUAGACAUGCUGUUGCUGCGAAUCGCGGCCAAGGCUAGUAAUAGCCAUCUUAUGCACCCGAAAUGGUCCGAAGUCGUUGCCGCAACUAGGGAUCGUCUAGCACAAAUGUUUAUAAAACCCCGCCACUGGGCGGUUGCAUUCCCUUUGACCGCAACAUUGCUCUGCGUCUCAUCCCCCGAGACCUACAGUUCACAAUGGCUCCAACUGGUGUUGUCGGUGCAAACCAAGGUGAAAGACAGGUUCACCAAGCCGCUCUGUCUACAGGUUAUUUCGAGACUGAUCUGGACAUACCUUUACCGCACCAACGACAACUGCCAAACCGCCAUUCGAAAACUGGACGAUGUGAUGAGGUUGAUCCUGCCCACUUCCAAGCGGAGUAUCGUCGCCUCAGAGACUGCGGUCACCGAGCCCUUGAUUCAGAUAAUCCGGAUCAUUGGCUUCAAGUUUCCAGAAUACUGCUUUAGAAAUGUUAUUUUUCCUCUCAUCAAUGCUGAACUCUUUACGUCGAAUAAAGAGUUAAAAGUCGAACAAUUGGAUCCUGAUAGGAUAGUUGUCGGUAUUCGCGCAUUCUUGUGCAUCAUGUCUGACUUGGAGAAAGGAGAGCAGGGACGGCCCCCAUUCCCGCAGUUUUACGAUGCGUCACCAUCAGGUGACCGAUGGCCUACUUCGCCUGUACUUGCCUUUGCCCCUGAAGAACCGCUGUCGAAUGCUGUCGCCAGUUCGAGGGAAGAGAUCGUCUCCCGACCGGUUCUGACACACGUUCUUGGCGAUGGAGUCCGCGAGUAUUACCUUCAAUUUUGCAAGAUUUUAGGCAAGAUCACCAUUGUCUGUGACAAUACAUUUGGAGGCCAAGCAGCGUUAGAUGAAAAGUUCAAUAGUCCUGGUCCCAAGACUCCAAUUUCGGAAAGCUUCACCUUUUCUCGUCGCGAUGAGCAUCCCAGUGCCGCCGACCAGAAGCAAGCCUUCUACGAGCUUUUGCACGUCGCAGUCCAAGCGCUUCCCAGGUGCUUGUCUGCCGACAUUCCUUUCAACUCCUUGAUCAAUUUGCUAUGCACGGGAACUGCUCACGUCCAGCACAGCAUUGCUGAAUCGUCCGCAAACUCUUUGAAAGCAAUUGCGAGACAGUCUCACGCACAACAAGUGACAAUGGGCUUUGCUCGUUUCAUCUUCAACUUUGAUGACCGAUACUCUACCAUGUCCGACGGCGGCAUGCUUGGUCAGAGCCAUAUCGAAAACACUCUUCGGCUUUAUGUCGAACUGCUCCAGAUCUGGAUCGAAGAGAUCAGACACAAGACGCGAGAGGCUUCCAACCAACAGUCAGACACUAACAAAUCAGAGAAGAGGGCUUUGAAGUUGGAUUUGUCAAGCAUAUGGGCCGAGGUGGAUCAGGCCGAAGCACAUGGCUUGUUUUUCCUGUGCUCUCAGUCUCGCAGAGUGAGAUAUUUUGCCGUUACAGUAUUGCGUCUCAUUACCGAUUUUGACAAGGCACUGGGCAAGGAUACCUCGAAACAAAAAGACACUCUGCGAUUGAUCAACAUUCUGGAAAAUGACUCCAACCAGGUCAUGAACUUCAAUGAUGAGUAUCUCUCUCUUGCCGAGCGAAGCAGAUUGCACCGCGGCCGGCAAAAUGCAAACAGCCAAGGCGCAGUCGUUGAGCUCUGCACAAGCGACGUUUCCUACGACACUACACUGUGGUACAAAAUCUUUCCCAAUCUCAUUCGAAUUGCUUUCGACAGAUGCCCCUUUGCAGUAACCAUCUGUCGAGAUCUGAUCUGUAAUCGGAUUCUGCAAAUGUACAAGCCCAUUGUGUUCGUUUCUGAGCCAACAAGAGGUUUGUACUAUGGAUCCGACGCAGGCGGCCGCGUCGGAACACGGUCCCCCGCCACGCAGCCGGAAUCAAUGGUUGAGCAGUGGAAGCUGUACUUGAUCUUUGCUUGCACAGCUCUGGCCGAUCCUGGAAGCCUUCCUCUCCCUGCCCCUCCCCCAGACGGCCAACACGCCCGCAAGACGUCCAAGCCUGCAUCGGCCGGCAAGAUUGUGACGGCGAGAACCCUCUUCAAAUACCUGAUACCUCUCCUCUCAGUGUCAUCGGCCUCCGUCCGCGAAGCAGUAGUAGUUUCCAUGGGGUCAAUCAACAUCUACAUAUACAGAGCGCUGCUCGAAGAACUCCAAGGCCAAGUGUCUCGGUGCAAUGACGAGGCUCGGGCCAGGAUUCACCAGAGAACGAACAGUAGCCCGCGGAGGAACCGCAAAAUGGAUCUUUUACGGACCGAAAUCACCCACGUCUUCAAACUGACCUCGCACUUUUUGAAGGAUGCCCAGGUCUACCAGUCCGAGUUUUUCCUGACCAACCUCACAUUGUACGCAAAGGACCUGAAGCUUUUCCUGAUGGAUGGAGAAGUACAGAUGGAUUGGGAAUUCCAAAAACUCCGGCGCUAUUACUGUGGACUGAUGGAAGCUCUUUUUGAAGGCAUCAACAGAACCGAUGACCCGUCACGCUGGAUGACGUUUGAAUCACGGAAAUCGGCGUUUUCCUUGAUGGAAGACUGGUGCGGCUUCUCUCCCAACCAGACUCAGAUUCGGGUCCGCGAGGACACCAUGAGACAAUCUCUCAUUGACCAGCAGGCAAUGGGUGAGAGGGGGGUUGUCACGGCAGCCAUGGAAAUUGAAAAGAGAAACCUUCGCACUGCCGCGCUGAGUGCUAUGGCAGCUCUUUGCGCUGGCCCCAUUAGCAUCACGACGGAGAGCGGAGUCACGUUGCAAUUCGAUAUGCGUCGAAUGCUUACCUGGCUCAAGGCCAUUUUCAACUCUGGCAGUGACAAGAUGAACGUUAUUGGCCAACGGGCCCUGAAAAACCUUGUCUUCUACAAUCAAGAAUAUCCCUAUCUGCUCGAACACUGCUUUGAGCGCUGUUACUUGUCGGACGUGCCCAAAGUGCUGGAGAGCUACUUCUCCGUCGCCAUAGAAGUGUUGCAGCAAAAACCCGGCUACCCCUGUCCUUUUUGGAGAUCCCUUGCUCUUUGCCUGUUCACUCUGGGGAGCGAACAGAGUGAGAUACGAUCCAAGUCGUCAAACGCCCUUCGGACGCUCGAAACGCGCCAGCAGCGAAACUCGAAAAUUCAGGAUUUUGACAUCAGCAUAUCGGACAAGACGCAAGCAGUGUAUAAGCUGGCCCAGUUCGAGAUCUCGAAACGCCUCGCCAAGCAAUACACCGAACUAGCCUUUCACGUCUUCUCCGAGUUCACCUAUUACUUCAAAGAUCUCCAGCCAGUAGCGCAGAGAAACAUGGUUGCCGUCGUACUUCCGUGGAUACAGACCAUAGAGUUGAAGCUCGACGCCAAUGGUGGCCCGACAGCCCAAUCCUACGUCGUGCUCGCCAACCUCUUGGAGCUCACUAUAAAGUCUGGUGGUGCUCUACACAACGAAGUUCAAGCUCUCUGGCAAGCCCUUGCCACAGGACCGCACCCCGGCAAUGUCCGCCUCAUCCUCGACUUCAUCAUGCAGCUGUGUUUAGAGCGUCGGGAGCAGAAUUUUGUGGAGUAUGCCAAACAGAUCGUGGUGUUCUUGUCAACCACCAACAGCACACCGGGGAUCAAAGUAGUCGAGUUUCUCCUCAUGCAAAUAAACCCCAAAGCCAUGGUGCCCAACGAGAAGAGAGAGUCCGUUCCACCGCCCCCCGACGUGAAUAGCUUUCCAUAUUGUGCUGAUCUGAGCAAGGCUCUGCCAGUGGGGACAAAGCAAGCCGGGUUCUCGCUAGGUCAACUGUCACUCAUCUUGCUGGUAGACUUGAUGGUGUCUCCUGUGUAUCUCACGCCUGACAAUGUACCGCUUCUGCUACAGGUGGUCACAGUCUUGUGGGACCACUACACUCCUCUCGUCCAGGACCAGGCCAGGGAGAUGCUGGUCCACAUGAUCCAUGAGCUGGUCAUUUCACGCAUGGACGAGGUUGCGGUCGGCAUAGCAAAGGAGACCAUUGAUGAGCUGGUGGAAGCCAUACGCCAACACGAUCGCACCGUGGUCUGGGCAUACGAGGACAGUAAUGGCAAGGUGGAUGACCGCGAGAACAAGGUUCCGCCAAGCAUGGAGUAUCUGACCGCAGAAGUCGUCAAGACAUUCCAGGCCACCUUCCCAGGCAUCAAGGAGCAGUGGGGGCGACUCUCUCUGACCUGGGCGACAUCUUGCCCAGUCAGGCAUUUGGCCUGCCGAUCAUUCCAGAUAUUUCGCUGCGUCCUCACUUCCAUUGACCAAUUCAUGCUCGGCGACAUGCUGGCAAGAUUGUCAAACACAGUCGCGGAUGAGGAUCCAGAAAUCCAGUCCUUCUCCAUGGAGAUAUUGACCACUUUGAAAACACUACUGGUGAAGCUGGAUCCUGACAAGCUCCUGACAUUCCCGCAGUUAUUCUGGACGACGUGUGCGUGCCUGGAAUCCAUCAACGAGCGCGAGUUCCUGGAAGCUACGGAAAUGCUCAAUGAGCUCGUCAGCAAGCUCGACCUCAGGUUGCCGAGUGUGCGGAGGGUUAUUGCGGAUGGCCAGCCUGAUCGUUGGGACGGUCAGUUUGACGGCAUCCAGCCGCUCGUAUACAAGGGCCUCCGGUCGUCCCUGUGCUGGCAGCCAACACUGGAUACCAUUGACAAGCUUGUGCAGCUGCCUCCAGACCCCUUGAUCGGCGACGACAGUCGGCUCUUGUUUGCAAUCCUGGCAAACUUUCCCCGGUUUUUGAACGAGCUAGAACACGCAAGUCUGACCGAGGAGACUGCGAGAACGGCCGGUCUGCUUCUUGCCGAAGCCGACAAGCUAGGUCUCGAAUCAAUCUGCGUCGCACUUGACGACCUGAUCUCGGGCAGGCAGCAGGAUAGCGGAGAGUUUCUCAACCAGCUAUUCUUGGCCUUUAGGGAGCACUUCCUGCCACAGCAUGAGUUCGGGAUGAUUACAUUUCUCAUUGGCCUCCUCACCAACUCGCUGUCCUGGGUCAAGGUGCAAACAAUGCGGAUCCUCUGCGUCGCCAUUCCGGAAGUCGACAUGCGCAACCCCGAGCUCGCGGGGCAUGGAUCCGACCUCAUUUCUCCUCUUCUGCGUCUGCUGCAAACCGAGUUUUGCAUGGGUGCUUUGCAAGUCUUGGACAACAUCAUGACCAUGUCCGGCAGCCACAUGGACAAGCAUCAUUUGCGAAUGAGCAUGACGCGGUCGACAUCCAAAGCCGUCCGCAAGGAGUACGAGCGCACACAGAGUCUGUUCGGCAUCCCGGAAGCUUCCGGCUGGGCCAUUCCGAUGCCGGCGAGAAAGACGGAAGCAACGCGAGCCAACAUCCACGCCGCUUUCUACAUGUGCCAGAGCACGGAAGGAUCAUCCACGGAAGCCACGUCGACCACAGAGGUCGAGUUCCAAGACGACGACUUCCCGUACGGCUAUUUCGAAACGCUAGACAGGACAGAGACGAUGCUUUCCGACGAAGGGCGCGGCGACGGGACCGCAGGAGACUUGGUCACAAAGCUCGACAGUCUGGACGACUUCUUUGACGAAGACUCGAGCGCCACCACCGACGACGACGGGAGGUCCUCGCGCACAGUGACCGAGUUUUCGCCAGAGUCUUUCGAAUCAGCGACGCUGCUGUACGACGAGCAAAUCCUGCCGAUUCUGCACGAGGCCUCCAGCACCACGUCUUUCCAGAACGGGUUUGUUGACCGUCCCAUGGGCCUGUCAUCGUUGUCGCGCGAUAUAAUGGCCGUCAACACCAUGAAUCCCGGCGCAUUCACCGCGGGCAUGGCGUCGUCCAGACCGACGCUCCACUGCAGGUCCAUCACCUCUCCGUCCGCACCCGCCUCGUAUCAGCAGCACACGGUUGGGGAUGUUGGAACCGAUGACGUCUACCUCUCGGGUGGAUUCUCGGACGCCGACGACGAACGGCCUCGAGCGAGGACUGGCUUGAAGUCACCAAAUCUCGGCUCACGGGGACCGACGACGCGUCUACCUGGAAGCCGACCUCGCGAUGACAACCUCCGUGAGCCAACAAUUCCUAGUGUCACCCCGAGGGUGGUGAACAAGGCCAUCCAAUCUAAUGCAAGAGGUGCUGGAUAUGUUCUUUGA